AUCGAAUGGCGUCGUGGCGGACGGCGGCGGAGGAGAGCGCGUGGGUGGUGGAGGUGGAGAAGGCGGCGCGCCACGGCGACCCGUCGGCGGAGGCGGCGCGGUGGCGCCGCCACUCCGUCUACCGCGUCCCGGCGUGCAUCAAGGACCUGAACCGCCGCGCCUACCGGCCGCAGGUGGUGUCCCUCGGCCCCUUCCACCACGGCGACCCCGACCUCCUCCCCAUGGAGGAGCACAAGCGCCGCGCGCUCCUCCACUUCCUCCGCCGCGGCGGCGCCGGCCCCUCCACCUCCAGGCCGCUCGCCCAGCUCGCCGCCGCCGCCGUCGCCGACGCCGCCGAGCAGCUGGUGGGCGCGUACCAGGGCCUCGCCGACGAGUGGCGCCGCGGCACGCCGCCGGAGCCGGAGGCGCUGGCGAAGAAGAGGGAGUGGUUCCUGGAGAUGAUGGUGACCGACGGGUGCUUCCUGCUGGAGGUGAUGAGGACGGCGUCCGGGUGGGAGGCGAACGACUACGCCGACGACGACCCGGUGUUCAGCGGCCAUGGCCUGCUCUACAACGUGCCCUACAUCCGCCGCGACAUGAUCAUGAUGGAGAACCAGCUGCCGCUGCUCGUCCUCGAGAAGCUCGUCGCCGUCGAGAGCGGCAUCAAGGAGAACGAGGACUUCGUCAACCGGUUAGUGCAGAGGUUCUUGUCGCCGACGGCGUGGCCUCCGGCCACCGGCGUCGGGCUGGCGCUCCACCCGCUCGACGUCCUCCGGCGGAGCCUCCUCGCCGGCCCUGCCGCGUCGCCACGGACGCCGCCGGAGACGGCGGCCACCGACGACAUCAUCCGGUCGGCGGAGGAGCUCUACGAGGCCGGCAUCCGGUUCGGGCGUAGCCCGACGAGCAGCCUCCUCGACAUCCGCUUCCACGGCGGUGUGCUCUACCUCCCGGCCAUCGCCGUCGACGACACCACCGAGUACAUCCUCCUCAACCUGAUGGCGUUCGAGCGGCUCCACGCCGGCGCCGGCAAUGACGUCACCGCCUACGUCUUCUUCAUGGACAACAUGAUCGACUCGGCGCGCGACGUGGCGCUGCUGACGGCGCGGCGGGUCGUGUACAACACCGUCGGCAGCGACAAGGCGGUGGCGCGGUUGUUCAGCGGCCUGUCCCGCGACGUGGUGCUGGAGCCGGAGAGCGCGCUCGACGGCGUGCACCGGCAGGUGAACGCCUACUGCCGCCGGCGGUGGCACCGGUGGCGUGCCAACCUGGUGCACACCUACUUCCGGAGCCCCUGGUCGUUCCUCUCCCUCGCCGCCGCCGUCUUCCUCCUCGUCCUGACCGUCAUGCAGACCGUCUACACCGUCCUGCCGUUCUACAAGGGUGGCUAACUCAGGAGCUUGUCGAAACCAUAUAUCUGACAAACACCUUGGGGUGUGCUCUAGUUUGGUUAUAGAUGAGUGGAAAUCAUGCUGUUGUCUUUGCAGUGCUUUUUGUUUCUUUUUUUAUGUUCUGGUUGUGUUUUUGCGUCUGAAGUCUGAACUAUUUCUUAAGUUUUUCCACGAACGUAAAUGCAAAGGUUUGGAUUCCUUUCAUAC